GAGAUAUCCCAUUCAAGGACUUACACUUUGAUAGAAUAGUGGGCGUGAAAAAGGGAAAAAAAGGGAGAAUAUUUUGAGCAUUGAUCAUGGAUUAUAUUUCAUCAGUUUUUCAGAUAGACUACAAUAGCACUGAUGAUCUUGUCCAAUAUUUCUCUUCUUUUCCAACCCAACAACAGACAACCCCUAAAGAUAAAGUUCCAUUAAGACCUUAUGAAGAUUGCCAUGAUCUUGCCAACAAAACUCAACAUGGCCGGCGCCGUAAAUCACCCAUCGCUCUUGGAUCUGUCAAAGAUGAAAACCCUAAUGACAACAAGAAGAAGAAAAUCAUCCAUAGAGACAUUGAGAGACAAAGAAGGCAAGAAAUGGCUAACCUUUAUGGGUCCCUACGAUGCCUUCUCCCCCUUAAAUAUCUCAAGGGAAAGAGAUCUACAUCAGAUCACAUUCACCAGACAGUAUACUAUAUAAAACAUCAAGAGGAAAAGAUCCAAAAGCUGAUUGACAAGAAAGAUGAACUAAAAAGGUACUUGUCUACUUCUUCUGCACUUGAAAACUUGGAAGGUUGUGAGAGGGAUACCUUGACAGUCAGAACUCGUUGUGUUGGAGUUGAGGUUGACAUUAACACUGCCUUGAAAAAAGGGUUUCCUCUUUCAAGAGUGCUUGCAAUUCUAAUUGAAGAAGGGUUCAGUGUUGUUAGCUGCAUUUCAACUAAAGUAAACGAGAGGAUGCUCCACAAUAUUAUAUCUGAGGUCACUGAUGGAAGAAGUCUGGAUAUUUCUGAGCUGCAACAGAAGCUAACAAGCGCAAUAGUCUAGUGAUCUUCAUCUACAAAUUAGUCGAGGAAGUGUUGGCUUAUUUGCUUGGGGAGAUUUAUUCCACUGAAGAAAGAUAGAUUUUUGUCCUUGCUAGCUAGACUUCCUCUUCCUGGCACCUCAGGUUGGUCAGCCUUAACUACCGAGUGUUUUUCAUUUGAUGAAAAAUAUCAUAGAGAUGUAUAAAAGAAAUAACUCUGCGGUGUUCCUUAAUUAGGUUAUGUUCUUCAUCCUUCACUGAUGUAUUAUAUAAUUUCUUCGUAUGAUUUAUAUGCAUUUCG